AUUCACACCAUGCACAUAGCGAGUCUAACAAGCAUUCAUGUGAAGUAGAUCACUAGAUCACCACCUCUUCACAUAGACAAUAUGCCGAAUACAUCGUCUUCGUUGUCAGAUACCGGCGACCAUGACCUCCGUUUACCCCUAAUACCUCCGGUCAAAACCCUCGAUGGAGACCGGAAACCCCAGAAGCUGUGCAUCGACGACAUGCUCCGAAAAUAUUGCGGCGAAUUUGGGUCUUGGCAAUUAAGACACUUCCUGUUGACAACCUUAGCUUGGGCUCUGGAGGCUUUUCACACCAUGGUCAUGAUCUUCGCCGACCGUGAACCGGGAUGGCGGUGCUUGGAUGGUGGACUUGGGUCGGGUUGUUCGCCGGAGGCCAAUAGUGUUUGUGGACUUGAGCCCGGCACGUGGGAGUGGAUCGGUGGUCCGGGAAGCUCAACGGUGGCCCAAUGGGGUUUGGUAUGUGCACAAAAGUAUAGGGUUGGAUUGGUCCAGGCUUUGUUUUUUGGUGGCUGCAUGAUAGGCGCCGGAAUAUUUGGCCAUCUCUCCGACUCCAGACUGGGAAGGAAAGGAUCUCUAAUGGUGGUGUGUAUUUUGAACGCCAUCUUCGGCUGUCUAACGGCACUAUCACCGAACUACUGGAUCUACGCUUUGUGUCGUCUUCUCACCGGCUUUAGCACCGGUGGUGUUGGCCUUUGUGCCUUCGUCCUCGCCACCGAGCCCGUUGGCCCAACCAAGCGAGGCGUCGCCGGAAUGUCCACAUUUUACUUCUUCUCAGGCGGCAUUGCAAUUCUCUCCGGCGUAGCUUACAUUUUCCGAUCGUGGCGAGCUCUUUAUAUUGCGUCUUCCAUUCCCUCUAUCCUCUUCCUGGUCGUAAUCCUCCCCUUCGUCUCCGAGUCUCCUCGGUGGUACCUUAUUCGUGGAAAGAUCGAUCAAGCGAUGAAAAUCAUGCGGAACAUUGCCAAAUCCAACGGUAACCACCUACCCGACGGCGUUUCUCUUGCCCUCGAUGACGAAGCCGGCGGCAACCCAAAUGUUGCCCAAAUCAAUAAGAACCCAGUAGUGGAAGAAACUAAAGAAGCCAUAACUGGGUCUCUCAUAGACGUACUCAAGUCACCACUGACUCGCCGGCGUUUAUUCCUCGUCAUCGCCAUUAAUUUCUCAUGCUCAGUGGUGUACUAUGGCCUUAGCUUAAAUGUCGUCAACCUCGAAACCAAUAUCUACCUCAAUGUACUCCUUAAUGCAGUUUCAGAAAUGCCUGCGUUCUUAUUAACAGCAGUUUUGCUGGACAAGUUUGGAAGGAAGCCAUUGGCGAUUGGGACACAAUGGUUCAGUGGGUUCUUCUGCAUUAUAGGGAGCUUGUUGAAAAGCUAUGGAAUGUGGAAGACAGUGAGGAUGGCCUGUGGAAUUUUGGGGAUUUUUGGGAUGGCCGGAACGUAUAAUUUGCUGUUUAUAUAUACAAUUGAGUUGUUUCCGACUGUGGUGAGAAAUGCAGCUCUUGGAUGUGCAACACAGGCUGCUCAAAUGGGAGCUAUAUUGGCACCAUUUGUGGUGGUUUUGGGUAGUCACAUACCGUUUGCGGUGUUCGGAGUAUGUGGGGUUGUGGGUGGUGUUCUUGCCUUUUACUUGCCGGAGACAUUAAACAGGCCGUUGUUCGACACCAUGGCCGGGAUGGAAGGUGGAGAAAGUGCAUAGACGGUUGCUUAGGGGGAUCCCAGGUUCUGAUUUUUUCUUCAAAACAUUUCAUCAGGUUGAGAAAUUAAGCUUCCUGUGUGUAAUAGGGCUUUAUGAUGUUAUCUUUUUGUGUUUGUGGGAGGAUUUUUCUUUCUAUUUCCUUCUGUUAUUCGGUUGGGGAAACAGAAAAGUGGUGUUUGAUGAAUAGCCAGAACUAAGCCACUUGAUCUUACAUAAUAUUAAAGUUUAGAGUAAUGUUAUAGGAA